AUGGUGCUACGGGGUGGCGGCAGGCGCGGCGAGCCGGGCGGCGGAGAGCCCCAGGGGGCACGGUGGGGCGGGGGGCGGCGGGCGGCCGGGGCCUGGGAGCAAGCGGCGGGGGCUGAGACCGCGGCAUCAGGUCGGGAUGAUGGUCCCACGCUUUCCGCUCUCAAGCGCUUGGAGCGGUCGCAGCGCACGGACCAGCUGGACGCGCUGUUCGGCUUUGAGCGGCCGGCGGAGCCCGGCGAGCGGACCGGCUGGCUCAUCAACAUGCACCCGACGGAGGUGCUGGACGAGGACCACCGGUCGGUGAGCGCUGUGGACUACUACUUUAUCCAGGAGGACGGGAGCCGCUUCAAGGUGGCCCUGCCCUACAAGCCCUACUUCUACAUUGCCACCCAGAAGGGCUGUGAGCAAGAAGUGUCCUCCUUCCUCUCCAAGAAGUUCCAAGGGAAGAUUGCAAAGCUGGAAACAAUCCCCAAAGAAGACUUGGAUCUGCCAAACCACUUGGUGGGCCUGAAGAGGAACUACAUCAAGCUGUCCUUCAGCACGGUGGAUGACCUGGUGAAGGUGAGGAAGGAGAUCUCUCCUGCUGUGAGGAAGAACAGAGAGCGAGACCAGGCCAAUGAUGUCUACACAGCCAUGCUCUCCAGCGCUCUGACUGGAGGCAGCCUCAGCACGGAGGAGGAGGAAAGAGCCUCCAGGAAGGUUGCCAGCCAGAUGGACAACAUCGUGGACAUGCGGGAGUACGAUGUCCCCUACCACGUCCGCCUCUCCAUUGACCUGAAGAUCCACGUGGCACACUGGUACAACGUGAGGUACCGGGGCAGCACCUACCCCCCCGAGAUCACCCGCAGGGACGACCUGGUGGAGCGGCCGGAUCCUGUGGUUCUCGCCUUUGACAUUGAAACUACCAAGCUGCCUUUGAAGUUUCCUGAUGCAGAGACAGACCAGAUCAUGAUGGUCUCCUACAUGAUUGAUGGCCAGGGCUACCUGAUCACAAACAGGGAGAUUGUCUCUGAGGACAUUGAAGACUUUGAGUUUACUCCCAAGCCAGAAUGUGAGGGUCCCUUUUGUGUCUUCAAUGAACCAGAUGAAGCUCAUUUAAUCCAGAGGUGGUUUGAGCACGUCCAGGAGACCAAACCCACCAUCAUUGUUACAUACAAUGGAGACUUCUUUGACUGGCCCUUUCUGGAAGCAAGAGCAGCAGCUCAUGGAUUGAACAUGUACCAGGAAAUUGGAUUUCAGAAGGACAGCCAGGGAGAGUACAAAGCAUCCCAGUGCAUCCAUAUGGACUGUCUGAGGUGGGUGAAGAGGGACAGCUACCUCCCAGUGGGAAGUCACAACCUGAAAGCAGCAGCUAAAGCAAAGCUGGGUUAUGAUCCAGUAGAGCUGGACCCUGAGGAGAUGUGCCGGAUGGCUACGGAGGAGCCUCAGACCCUGGCCACCUACUCGGUGUCGGAUGCCGUCGCUACCUACUACCUGUACAUGAAGUAUGUGCACCCCUUCAUCUUUGCCUUGUGCACCAUCAUCCCCAUGGAGCCUGAUGAGCAAGAACACAGUAGGAGAGGGAACAAGCUGACAGAAGAUGGCCACCUGCUGGACUCGGAGACCUACGUGGGAGGCCACGUGGAGGCCCUGGAGUCUGGGGUCUUCCGCAGUGACAUCCCCUGCCGCUUCAAAAUGAAUCCUGCUGCCUUCGACUUUCUGGUGCAGCAUGUGGAGAAGACCCUGCGCCACGCCAUCGAGGAGGAGGAAGGGCUGCCCUUGGACCAAGUCACCAACUUCCAGGAGGUCUGUGAGGAAAUCAAGGGCAAACUGAACUCCCUGAAGGAUGUUCCCAACAGAAUUGAGUGUCCCCUUAUCUACCAUCUAGAUGUGGGGGCCAUGUACCCCAACAUCAUCCUGACCAACAGGUUGCAGCCCUCAGCCAUGGUGGAUGAGGCCACAUGUGCUGCCUGUGACUUCAACAAGCCAGGUGCCAACUGCCAGCGCCGGAUGACUUGGCAGUGGAGAGGAGAGUUCAUGCCUGCCAGCCGCAGUGAGUUCCACCGCAUCCAGCAGCAGCUGGAGACAGAGAAGUUCCCUCCGCUGUCCCCCGAGGGAGCUCCCCGCGCCUUUCAUGAGCUGUCCCGGGAGGAGCAGGCCAAGUAUGAGAAAAAGAGGCUGGCAGAUUACUGCCGCAAGGCCUACAAGAAGAUCCAUGUCACCAAGGUGGAGGAAAGGGUCACCACCAUCUGCCAGAGGGAGAACUCCUUCUACGUGGACACCGUGCGAGCCUUCCGCGACCGCCGCUACGAGUUCAAGGGGCUGCACAAGGUGUGGAAGAAGAAGCUGUCCACGGCAGUGGAGAGCGGAGAUGCCGCGGAAGUGAAGCGCUGCAAGAACAUGGAGGUCCUGUACGAGUCCCUGCAGCUGGCCCACAAGUGCAUCCUCAACUCCUUCUAUGGAUACGUCAUGCGGAAGGGGGCUCGGUGGUACUCCAUGGAAAUGGCUGGCAUUGUGUGCUUCACGGGGGCAAACAUCAUCACCCAGGCCAGGGAGUUGAUAGAGCAGAUUGGGAGACCCCUGGAGCUGGAUACCGAUGGGAUUUGGUGUGUCCUCCCCAACAGCUUCCCAGAGAACUUUGUCAUCAAGUCAACCAACGCCAAGAAGCCAAAGGUGACCAUCUCCUACCCAGGUGCCAUGCUGAACAUCCUAGUGAAGGAAGGCUUCACAAAUGAUCAGUACCAGGAGCUGCAGGACCCAGCCUCCCUCAGCUACGUCACACGCUCGGAGAACAGCAUCUUUUUUGAGGUAGAUGGACCCUACCUCGCCAUGAUCCUUCCAGCUUCCAAGGAGGAAGGCAAGAAGCUGAAGAAAAGGUACGCUGUGUUCAAUGAGGAUGGGUCCCUGGCUGAGCUGAAGGGCUUCGAGGUGAAGCGCCGUGGAGAGCUGCAGCUGGUGAAGAUCUUCCAGUCCUCAGUGUUUGAAGCAUUCCUGAAGGGUAGCACUCUGGAGGAGGUCUAUGCUUCAGUGGCCAAGGUGGCUGACUACUGGCUGGAUGUGCUCUACAGCAAGGCUGCCAACAUGCCUGACACGGAGCUGUUUGAGCUGAUCUCGGAGAACCGCUCCAUGUCUCGCAAGCUGGAGGACUAUGGGGAGCAGAAGUCCACCUCCAUCAGCACGGCCAAGCGCCUGGCAGAGUUCCUGGGGGACCAGAUGGUGAAGGAUGCAGGGCUGAGCUGCAGGUUCAUCAUUUCCAAGAAACCAGAAGGGUCUCCUGUCACCGAGAGGGCCAUCCCCCUGGCCAUCUUCCAAGCUGAGCCCAGCGUGCGCAAGCACUACCUGCGGAAGUGGCUCAAGAGUCCAACGCUGCAGGACUUCAACAUCCGGGCGAUUCUGGACUGGGACUAUUACAUCGAGAGGCUGGGCAGCACCAUCCAGAAGAUCAUCACCAUUCCUGCAGCCCUGCAGCAGGUGAAGAACCCAGUGCCCCGGGUCCGUCACCCAGACUGGCUCCACAAGAAGCUCCUGGAGAAGAAUGAUGUCUACAAGCAGAAGAAGAUCAGUGAGCUCUUCGCUUCAGAAGGCAAGAUACAGGUCCUUGCCAACCAACCUGCCCAGGGGACAGCCAGCUCACGGCUUGGUGACAUUGAGGACUUUGGGGUUGCCAGGACCCUGCAGCCGCCAGUUCCCAUUGCAAGCAAGCGGAAGAGAGUCCCUGUGGCAGAGGAAAGCAAGGAGGCGUCCCGGGACCAGGAGCUGUCCCAGUCCUGGCGAGAAAUCCUGGGUUCACCUCCACCCCUGGGCACCACCAAGGAGGAGAGGCUGCUCUGGCUACGUUACCACCAGAAGAAGUGGGAGCUGCAGGCCCGUCAGCGGCACAAGAGGCGGCGGCUGGAGGCUGGGGAGUGGGCAGCUGGCAGAGGAAUGGUCCAGGAGGCCCUCUCCAAAGGGCUGGGCAGCUACCUGCGCAGGACGGCGCGCAGCAUCCUGGACCUGCCCUGGCAGAUCAUGCAGAUAGCUGAGACAAGCCAGCCUGGACUGUUCCGGCUGUGGGCACUGAUUGGCAGCGACCUGCACUGCAUCAGGCUCAGCGUCCCCCGCGUCUUCUAUGUCAACCAGCGCAUCCCCAAGCCAGAGGAGGGACCAGCCUACAGGAGGGUGAACAGGAUCCUGCCUCGCUCCAACUUGGUUUACAACCUCUAUGAAUACUCUGUCCCUGAGGACCUCUACCAAAAGCACAUCAAUGAAAUCAACGCAGACCUCUCUGCUCCAGACAUUGAGGGGGUGUACGAGACACAGGUGCCGCUGCUGCUGCGUGCUCUGAUCCAGCUGGGCUGUGUGUGCAGGGUCAGCAGGGAUCUCGUCAGCUACUUGGAAGGGCGAGAGGCUGAAAUCUUUGACAUCGAGCACCUGGAGAUGCACUCGCUGGCCCAGUUCACCUACCUGGAGCCAGGAAGCAUUCGUCACAUCUACCUCUACCACAGCUCCCAGGGCAGCAGAACUUUCCUGGGCCUCUUCAUCCCCUCGCAGUGCAAAGCAGCUGUCUUUGUGCUGGACAAGGUCCGCACCAACCAGAUGCCCAACCUCAGUGCCCUCUUCUUGGCGGAGCACAGCGCGCUGCUGCAGAAGGUGGGAGAGGAGCUGCUGCCCCCAGACAAGCACAGCUUCGAAGUACACGCCGAGACCGACCCCAAGACCGUCUCCAGAGCCAUCCAGCGCCUGCUGCUGGGCUACAAGGAGGAACGUCGGGGCCCCACGCUGGUGGCUGUGCAGUCCAACUGGGACCUGAAGCGGCUGCUGAGCGUCUUCCCCAUCCUCGAGGAGUUCCCCUUGGUCCCCAUCCGCCUGGGAGAUGACAUCAGCUACUCGGUGCUGGACUGGCAGCGCCACGCCGCCCGCCGCAUGAUCCGCCACUACCUCAACCUGGACACCUGCCUCUCCCAGGCCUUCGAGAUGAGCAGAUACUACCACAUCCCUGUUGGGAAUCUCCCCGAGGACAUCUCCACCUUUGGCUCAGACCUGUUCUUCUCGCGCCACCUCCGGCAGCACAACCAUCUGCUGUGGCUGUCGCCCACGGCCCGCCCAGACCUGGGUGGGAAGGAGGCUGAUGACAACCGCCUGGUCAUGGAGUUUGAUGAGAGAGCCUCUGUGGAGAUCAACAACCCUGGCUGCUAUUCCACAGUGUGUCUGGAGCUGGACAUCCAGAGCCUGGCUGUGAACACAUUGUUGCAGUCCCACCACAUAAAUGACAUGGAAGGAGGCUCCAGCAUGAGCAUCAGCUUUGAUGUGAUCCAGCAGGCGUCCCUAGAGGACAUGGUGACAGGGAACCAAGCUGCCAACAUCCCAGCCAGCUACGACGAAACUGCCCUCUGCUCCAACACUUUCAGGAUCAUGAAGAGCAUGGUAGUGAGCUGGGUGAAGGAGAUUAUGCAGUAUCACAAUGUCUAUGCAGACAACCAGGUCAUUCACUUCUACCGCUGGCUCCGCUCUCCUUCCUCCCUGCUCUAUGACCCUGCACUGCACCGUACACUCCACAACAUGAUGAAGAAGCUUUUUCUGCAGCUGGUGGCUGAGUUCAAGCGCCUGGGCUCCUCGGUGGUUUAUGCCAACUUCAACCGCAUCAUCCUCUGCACCAAGAAGCGGCGCAUCGAGGACGCCCUCAGCUACAUGGAGUACAUCAUCAACAGCAUCCACUCCAAGGAGAUCUUCCACUCUCUGACCAUCUCCUUCUCCCGGUGCUGGGAGUUCCUGCUCUGGAUGGAUCCAGCCAAUUAUGGAGGUAUCAAGGGAAAAGUGGAUUCUCGUGUCCACUACGGAGAGGACACCAGCAAGAGGCAAGUGUUGGAGGAGGAGAAGGAAGAUAGUGGAGAAGAGGAGGAGGAGGAGGAGGUGGCAGUAGAGGAAAAAGAGGAGGAGGAAGGAGAGACAAAUGUGGAGGAGCUGCUGGAGAACAACUGGAACAUCAUGCAGUUCCUGCCCCAGGCUGCCUCCUGCCAGAGCUACUUCCUGAUGAUCGUGUCAGCCUACAUCGUGGCUGUGUACCACAGCAUGAAGGAGGAGCUGCGGCGCAACACCCCCGGGAGCACCCCUGUUAAGAGGAGGAACACCAGCCAGGUGUCCCAGGAGGUGCUGAGGGAGACAGGGGCCAUGCCUGGCAUGAUCACCUUCUCACAGGAUUAUGUGGCCAAUGAGCUCACCCAGAGCUUCUUUACCAUCACCCAGAAGCUCCAGAAGAAGGUGUCUGGUUCUCAUAAUGCCAGUGAGCCUUCAGACCUGUUCCCAGUGCUGCCUGGCUCCUACUUGCCGCUCAACAACCCAGCUCUGGAGUUCAUCAAAUAUGUCUGCAAGGUUCUCUCCUUGGAUGCCAACGUGACCAACCAGGUGACCAAGCUGCGCCGGGACCUGCUGCGCCUGAUCGAGGUGGGAGAGUUCUCAGAAGCAGCCCAGUUCCGGGACCCCUGCCGCUCCUACCUGCUGCCUGAGGUCAUCUGCAGCAAAUGCAACUUCUGCAGGGACCUCGACCUCUGCAAGGACCCUGCUGCCAUCUCCCAGGAUGGGUCAGUUCCACCCAGCUGGGUCUGCCCCAACUGCCAGGUUCAGUAUGACACCACUGCCAUCGAAGCCGCGCUGGUGGAAGCCCUACAGAAGAAGCUGAUGGCCUUUGUGCUGCAGGACCUGGUGUGCAAGAAGUGCCAUGGUGUGAAGGAGACACACAUGCCUGUCUACUGCGGCUGUGCUGGAGACUUUGCCCUCACCAUCUCCUCCCAGACCUUCAGAGACCAUAUCAGCGUCUUCCAGAGCAUUGCCCAGCACCAUGGCAUGGCCUUCCUGCUGGAAACCAUCAAGUGGCUGCUGUACACCAGCCCCCAGCUCCAGCAGUGA